ACCAGGGCAUUUUCUUUUCUUGUUAAGUUUGCUAUAUAAUGUGUUGUGCUGCAUGCCGGUCGUUGUGCUGUAUUGAAGAUGUGUCUUUGGGCAGGCUGUUCUGCUUUUACAAAGGGUAAUUGAUUUAAAAAAAAUAGUGAAGCCUAAUUAGCUGCAGCAUGCACACCAUAACACAGCAGACCACGGGUUCCUGUGUGACAGCUGUUGAAGGCUUUAAAAAUAAUUUACUUAGCUAAAAAACAAACAAAUUGUGCUUGCUUUAAGGAAAUGAUAGCAUUAGAUUUUUUCCCCUGUAUUCCGACGUUGCUGUAACACAAAAUUACCGACACUAUCUAUAAGAUCUAGGUUAAAAACAUUUGAUCUUGGCUGUAAUAAACAUUUUAUUAUGUGAAAAGGGAGUGCCAUUUGUAAAUAGCUUAGGAAUUGCAAACCCCCAGAUUAGUCACAUUCUGAGAGAGAGAUAUGAUGCUUCUUCAAGUCUGUGCUAGGAAAUGGAACAGUCACUGCAUGCAGUAAUGGUUCAUGCCUGCAGGCCGGAGCCUCAACAGAAAGCUCCCUUAGUUCCUCCUCCACCACCUCCACCGCCACCGCCACCUCUGCCAGACCCCACGCCUCCAGAGCCAGAGGAGGAGAUCCUGGGUUCAGAUGAUGAGGAGCAGGAGGACCCCGCAGACUACUGCAAAGGUGGCUAUCAUCCAGUGAAAAUUGGAGACCUUUUCAAUGGCCGGUAUCAUGUUAUUAGGAAGCUGGGAUGGGGACACUUCUCUACUGUCUGGCUGUGCUGGGAUAUGCAGGGGAAAAGAUUUGUUGCAAUGAAAGUUGUAAAAAGUGCCCAGCAUUAUACGGAGACAGCCUUGGAUGAAAUAAAAUUGCUCAGAUGUGUUCGAGAAAGUGAUCCCAGUGACCCAAAUAAAGACAUGGUAGUACAGCUAAUCGAUGACUUCAAGAUUUCAGGCAUGAAUGGCAUCCAUGUCUGCAUGGUCUUUGAAGUGCUUGGCCACCAUCUCCUCAAAUGGAUCAUCAAGUCCAACUAUCAAGGCCUUCCUUUACGUUGUGUGAAGAGUAUCAUUCGACAGGUACUUCAGGGGUUAGAUUAUCUACACAGUAAAUGCAAGAUCAUUCAUACUGACAUAAAGCCAGAAAACAUCUUGAUGUGUGUGGAUGAUGCGUACGUGCGAAGAAUGGCAGCCGAGGCCACAGAGUGGCAGAAAGCGGGUGCUCCUCCUCCUUCAGGGUCUGCAGUGAGUACGGCUCCACAGCAAAAACCUAUAGGAAAAAUUUCCAAAAACAAAAAGAAAAAACUGAAAAAGAAGCAGAAAAGGCAGGCUGAGUUACUGGAAAAGCGCCUGCAGGAAAUAGAAGAAUUGGAGCGCGAAGCCGAAAGGAAAAUAAUAGAAGAAAAUGUCACAUCAGCUGUACCUUCUAAUGAGCAAGAUGAUGAAUACCGCCCAGAGGUGAAGCUAAAAGCAGCAGCGCUGGAGGAGGCCGCCGAGGGAGAGCCUGCACUGGACAACGGAGAAGCUGAGGAGCAGGAAGAGAAAGAAGAUGCUGAGAAGGAAAACAUUGAGAAGGAUGAAGAUGACGGAGAACAGGAGCUCGAGAACAUAGACCCCACGUGGAUAGAAUUACCCAAAACCAACGGCCACGUUGAGAACGGCCCAUUCCCGCUGGAGCAGCAGCUGGAUGACGAAGACGACGAUGACGAAGAUUGCCCAAACCCUGAGGAGUAUAACCUGGACGAGCCCAACGCAGAGAGUGACUACACAUACAGCAGCUCCUACGAACAAUUCAAUGGUGAAUUGCCAAACGGACGACAUAAAAUGCCCGAGUCACAGUUUCCAGAGUUUCCCACGUCAUUGUCCCCCGGGCCCUUAGAACCCGUGGCUUGUGGCUCUGCACUUUCCGACGGAUCCCCGCUCACCGAGCCGGAGGAGAGCAGCCCGACCCACGACAGGAGCAGGACGGUUUCGGCCUCCAGCACUGGGGAUUUGCCAAAAACCAAAACCCGGGCAGCCGACUUACUGGUGAACCCCCUGGACCCACGGAACGCCGAUAAAAUUAGAGUUAAAAUUGCUGACCUGGGAAAUGCUUGUUGGGUGCACAAACACUUCACGGAGGACAUCCAGACGCGGCAGUACCGGUCCAUAGAGGUGCUGAUCGGCGCGGGGUACAGCACUCCCGCGGACAUCUGGAGCACGGCGUGCAUGGCGUUUGAGCUGGCGACGGGAGAUUAUUUGUUUGAACCGCAUUCUGGAGAGGACUAUUCCAGAGACGAAGACCACAUAGCCCACAUCAUAGAGCUGCUGGGCGGUAUCCCAAGGCACUUUGCUCUGUCUGGAAAAUACUCGCGGGAAUUCUUCAAUCGCAGAGGAGAACUGCGGCACAUCACCAAGCUGAAGCCCUGGAGCCUCUUCGAUGUCCUGGUGGAAAAGUAUGGGUGGCCCCAUGAAGAUGCUGCACAGUUUACAGAUUUCCUGAUUCCGAUGUUAGAAAUGGUUCCAGAAAAACGAGCCUCAGCUGGCGAAUGCCUUCGGCAUCCUUGGCUGAAUUCUUAGCAGAUUCUACAAAUAUAGCAUUCUGAGCUAGCAAGUGUUUUCCAGUACAUUGGACCUAAACGGUGACUUUCAUUCUUUUAACAGGAUUACAAGUGAGCUGGCUUCAUCUUCAGACCUUUAUUUUGCUUUGAGGUACUGUUGUUUGACCUUUUGCUUUUGUGCACUGUGAUCCUGAGGAAGGGUAGUCUUUUAUCUUCAGCUUAGUAGCUUACUGACCCACUUUCUUCUGGAAACAAUACCAUGUCUCUAAGCAUUCUUUUUUGUGUGACAUUCAAAUGUCAGUUUGUUUUUUUGAAAGAAAAAUACUUUCCCCCCUUGUGUUUUGGCAGGUUUUGUAACUAUUUAUGAAGAAAUAUUUUAGCUGAAUACUAUAUAAUUUACAAUCUUAAGAAAUUAUCAAGUUGGAACCAAGAAAUAGCAAGGAAAUGUACAAUUUUAUCUUCUGGCAAAGGGACUCAUUCCUGUAUUAUAGUGUAUGUAAAUGCACCCUGUAAAUGUUAAUUUCCAUUAAACAUAGGAUGGGAACUCCAGUUUCAGAAAAGUUACCAGGUCUUGAGUGCUUUGUAGUCUAAGUUGCAUGCAGUGGACUUAGCUCCAGGGAGUUGUACAAACUUCAUUCCAUAACAGUCCUUUUUCUGUGGAUUUUAAACAGAGUAGCUCUGGGUUAUGUCAUUCCCUAUAUGGCACCUAAAGAGAGAAAAAACAUACUUCCCAUUCUAAAGUACGUUUUAUAGUUUAGCAUUCCUUUUUCUAUUUUUGCAUAUUUUAAAAGCACUUUUAAGAAAAAAGCAGCAAUUUCCCUUUUAAAAUGUGAUGGCCUGGUACCAUGUGGUGUUGCCUCCUCCAAACACUGUAAGUGAAAGUCUACGUAGAUAAACUGGACAGAGAAACAUGUUCAGUGUGUGAAAUGAAAAAUAUAUAUUUUUGGAAAAUCUCGCUCGUGUGUGUCUAGAACCAAGGUAUGGCAUAUGCAAUCUGCAGUGUAAUGGGCGGAAUACGAACAACUCAGAGGUAACAGUGAUCACAUUCAUUCUGUAGGCAUUUUUUAUGUGUGACUACAAGUUUUACUAGUUUCACUGUCUUUUUGUGCAUUGAAGUUGAGAAAAUGAUUUUCCCUUUGCAGGUUGCACACAGUUUUGUUUAUAAUUUCCUUAAAAUUAUAGAAUUCAGGACACAAACCAUAGUAGGCAAUACAAUUUUAGGAUGUAAUAUAUGAGGUCUAUUUAGCCUCUUUUAGAAGUCAGUGGAUUGAAUGCCAGUUUUUUUUUUUUAAAUUUUACAUUUAAGGUGCCUCCUUUUUCUUGACUUUGUCUAUUAACAUUUAUCCAUAUGCCUUUGCAAUAACUAGAUUGUGAAAAGAGAACAAGUGUUGUAACAAUAAUCCAUUGUUUGAGGUGCUUGCAGUUGUUUUAAAAAUUAAAGUGUUUUUGGGUUUUUCCCCCCCCAGA